AUGAGCGACGCUAAUGCGCUAGAGCCUAUACCGCGCAACAUUGCGCCGGACCAGGAGUUGGCCAUUCUUAAGCUCAUUCUCGACCUACACAGCCUCGGUGACGUGGAGAGCAGCCAGAAAAUUCGUCGGCGAGUGCGCGAGGCAUUGCUAAAAACUAACGACGAUUCAGAGGCGAUGAACAAAGUGGACGAGAUCAUUCGUCGAGGCAAGCGUGUACAGAGCAAGUUAGACGGAAGCUACGAGGAGCGGCAGCGGCGCAAGCGAAAGCGACGUGAACAAGACUUGGCGGCGGCGUCACACCUUGUCGACGUUGAGGCAGGGAGCGGUGAGGACUCAGAGGGAUCACCAUCCGCAGAGGAGGACGGUGAGGAAUAG